UGUGACGUCAUUCCACAGGCAACAUGGCGGAGCACAGACUAGUUUUGAUUUCUGUGGUGUUACCGUUGGCGGCUGCUUGUGCUUACGGUUUAGCAGUAACUCGGGGCAAGCUCGCCUGGGUAGCCGUGUUCAUGUUUGCUGUGCUGUGCCUACUGCGAGUCUGGUCUCGUUGUUCCCGUGCUGGGGUACCCUCCGUUUGCGUCUUGGUUCUGGGGGACAUCGGGCGCAGCCCGCGGAUGCAGUACCAUUGCCUGUCUCUCAGCAGACACGGAUACGGCGUCACGCUGCUGGGCUACCGGGUCACAAAGCCACAUCCUGACUUGCUGAAUGAAAAAAAUAUCCAGAUCUGUCCCAUUUCAGAGGUGAAAGGCCUCACAGUUGGACCAGCAGUUCUGCGCUACAUCGUAAAAGUUGUACUUCAGUGCCUGCAGUUGUUUUAUGCCCUGCUUAGAAUUGAUGCCCCCCACUUCAUCCUCUUACAGAACCCACCUGGCCUUCCCAGCAUUGCCGUUGCGUGGUUCAUCUGCCUGCUGCGGGCUAGCAAGUUGAUGAUCGACUGGCACAACUAUGGAUACACCAUUAUGGCUCUAAGUCUUGGAGAAAGGAAUCCCAUCGUCCGACUUGCUAAAUGGUAUGAGAAGUUAUUUGGAAGACUUUCUGAUUACAAUUUGUGUGUCACAAAUGCCAUGAAGGAAGAUCUGUCUACAAACUGGAACAUAAAAGCUGUAACCCUUUAUGACAGACCACCAUCUAGAUUUAAAGAGUCCGCCUUGGAGGAUCAGCACCACUUGUACCUGAAACUCUCUAAGGAUUACCCUUCCUUCAGAUCAAGGGAAACAACAGUUGAUGAUACAGGUGAUCAGACAGCCUUUACAGAACGGGACCAAGUGUCUGGACUUGUGGCACCUAUUCCUGUUAGGCCUGCUUUACUCAUCAGCAGCACUAGCUGGACAGAGGACGAAGACUUCUCGGUUCUCUUAGAGGCACUGGAAGAGUAUGAAGAUUUCAUUAAAGAAGGAGCGAAACUGCCUGACUUAGUCUGUGUCAUCACAGGUAAAGGACCACUUAAACAGCACUACUGUAAGUUGAUUGCACAGAAGCAGCUUCAACAUGUACAGAUCUGCACGCCAUGGCUAGAGGCAGAGGAUUAUCCGGUGCUUCUGGGCUCAGCCGACCUUGGUGUUUGUCUGCACAAGUCAUCCAGUGGCCUAGAUCUGCCCAUGAAAGUAGUCGAUAUGUUUGGCUGCAAUUUGCCUGUCUGUGCUGUGCAUUUUCAGUGUUUACACGAGCUUGUGAAGCAUGGAGAAAAUGGAUUACUAUUUAAAGACUCCAAAGAGCUGGCAGAGCAGCUCAAGUCUCUACUGGCUGAUUUCACCAAUCCUAAUGGCCAGCUACACGCCUUCAGGACGAACCUACGGCUUUCAAAGCAGCUACGCUGGGACCAGAGCUGGGAGGAGACUGUACUUCCAAUUUUGAAAGCAACCCCUUAGGUGAAGGAAUCCUGGAAAAGCUUGAUCAGGUGUUUUGAUGGAAGAGGGAGACACUCGAGAGGACAGGCGACCAGCUGUUGUUGUCUACUCUCUGGUUGUGCAAAGCCACUUCAGGAAGAGCUAGUGAGUGACUUGAGACAUGUAGAGUGGACCUGAAUUGUGAAGUACUUCACCAGGGUUUCUCCCUGUAGCUCCUAAUCUAGUCAUGGCAAACCGUGCAAGAGAAAAGCAUACAGCAUAUCGAAAAGUACUGUGUUCUCAUUUUACCAUUAAGGCACUUGACCAACCAUGAUCUUCAUUAAAGCCACUA